CAACAAUUCAUUUCUCCUCUGCAACUUUAUCCACUUUGGAGCCUGAGACCAUGGCGUGUCCUUCUCUUCUGCAGUCUUCUGCUUCUUCAUUUCACAGCCGUUUCCCUUCGCUAGCUGUUUCUUCCUCCGUACGUGUGCUCCCUUCGCCGCUGAGAAACGUGGUGAAAGUGUCGGCCUCCGGAACAGUGCUGGUGGAGAAAUCUGAGGCGGAGAAAGUGCAGCGCCUCAAAACGGCUUACCUGGAGAGAAUCAUCCCGGCGCUCAAAGAUGAGUUCAAGUACAUCAACAUUCACCAGGUUCCAAAGGUUCAAAAGAUUGUGGUGAAUUGUGGUAUUGGAGAUGCGGCGCAGAACGACAAAGGUUUGGAGGCGGCAAUGAGAGAUAUAGCGCUUAUUACAGGGCAGAAGCCUGUCAAGACAAGAGCUAGAGCUUCCAUUGCCACUUUCAAGAUUCGGGAAGAUCAACCUCUUGGCAUUGCAGUCACUCUCAGAGGAGAUGUGAUGUAUUCGUUCCUGGACCGUCUGAUCAAUUUAGCACUUCCGAGAACACGAGAUUUCCAAGGGGUGAGUCCCAGUAGCUUUGAUGGCAACGGUAACUACAGCAUUGGUGUCAAAGACCAAAGUGUUUUCCCUGAAAUCAGAUUUGAUGCGAUUGGGAAAGCAAGGGGAAUGGAUGUAUGCAUCAGCACAACGGCCAAAACGGAUCAAGAAGGACAGAAACUAUUGGCUCUGAUGGGAAUGCCUUUCAGGGAAGGAAGCGUUGCCAACACAGGGGCGCCAAUGAGGAAGAAGAAACUUAAGUCUCAUCACUUUGAUGCUAAAGGCAAAGGAAAGGGAAAAAGAUGAAAUUAGAAGAAUGAGAUUGUUUAUUGUUUGUAUUGUCUUCAUGUUUCAUGGAUUUAUUGCUCUUUGUAAUGUUUUUAUGAUGUUAAAAAAAUAUGAGUUGAUUUGAUAUAAUAUCAGGAAAAUGUGACUUGUAUUGGG